AUGUAAAUAGAAUUCCGAGAGUUUAAAGAAAAGUAUUUUCCUUUAAAAUUGAUUGAUUUGAGUAGGUUAUAUCCGAAUAUUAAGACUACAAAAGAUGGAAAUCUAAUAAAGACUAUAAGUUUUUCAGUGAAAAGUAAUUGGAAUAUUUGGAAAUAAAACUUAAAACUAGAAAUAGAAUAUUAGGUUAAUUUGAGUCAUCAAUUUCCUAAUCAUAUCUUACAUAUUAUUGAUUGGGCAGCUGAAAUUCAAUCAGUUUCGGUGAUAGUUUACAUUACAUAUAAUUGUAAGUCUAAUGCAAAGUCUCUAAAUAGUUUUCUUAAUACUUCUAUGAUAAGCGAAUAGCAGAAGUUAUAAAUAGCAGAAUAACUAAUUGAGAUUGCAUCUAUUUUGGAAUUAUCAGAUAUUUAGCAUAGAAAUAUUAAACUUAAUAAUUUUAUAUUGAUUGACAAUAAGACAUACUUAACUGAUUUUGGAAGUGCAAGAACACAUUACAAUCAUUAUACAAAAUAGAGUGCAAAUUCUGAAGAAAGGCAGAAAUAGAAUGAAACACUUUUUUAUAGUUCUCCUGAGAUUAUGGAGAUCCUCACUUAAGAUAAUAUAGAUUUUCAAGAGAAUGAAUGGGCAUAAAUAUUUUAGAAUGAACAAUACAAAAAGGUGAUUCUUAAGAGAAAUGAUAAUUGGAGUAUCAGCAUCAUCUUAUUGUAACUAUUGUCAUUUCAAACUUAAAUACCAGAUGAUAUCAAAAGUUUCUAUGGAUAUGAUAUAGCUAAAUUUGAUUAAGAAAUCAGAAAGCAAGCAACUAAUCCUUAUUUUAGGGUAAUAACAGAGAUAAUUAAGUAAUUGUCAUUUGGGAAAAUAUCUGCUUUGACUUGUCUUGAACAGUUAAAAAAGUAGAUUCCUAGAAGUGAUACUGAGAAUAAGCAACAUAAAUAAAUUAUGAAAGAGGAUUACAACAUUCUCAAUUUAUAAUUAAAAAGGCAAAUACAAAUUAAUACUAAACUUGAUUACUAUUAUCUAUCUUAAGCUUAAUUAACAUAAUUAUAAUAAGUUAAUGAUUAGGAUGCAUAAAAAAAUGAUCAGACUAAAUAAAAUAAAACAAAUGCCAAACCUUAGUAGUAUGAAAUCAAAAAACAGCAAGAAUUAAAUUAAGUUAAAGAACCAGUCAAUGAUUGCAAGUCAUAUUUUUUGGAUGAAAAUUCAAUUUAAAUCUUCUCUCCAAAGAACAAUGAAGAAGAAUAAUUUGGAAAUGGUAUUCUGAAAUAAUUAUGUGAUUAUGAGAGUUCAUCAUUUGAAGAAUAAAAACUAAUCAAAGUAAACCAUGUUUCAUUAAGCUCUUUCAAUAACAACGAUUAAACCCUCUUACUUACUCAAUUAAAUGAUGACAAUCAUAUUAAGGAUUAAAACAAAUAGAAAUAAAUUAAAGCACAAAAUUAUGAUCAAUAAAAGCCAUCUUAACUUUAAGUAUUGACUGAUGACAAAGAAUAAGUGCAAAAAAAGGAUUAGAUAAAAACUGUAUCCCAUCUAUUGAAUAAUCAAAAAAAACAAUACACUUUAAACCAAAUAGUCGAUUAGAAGUCAUCUAAAUCCCCUAUAGUUUUAGGAUAAACUCAAUAUUAGUUUCCUGUUUAAUAAACUGUCAUUAAGAAUAUCAGCAAUGUUCAAGAGUUAGAAACAUAUAAAAAUAAUGAAUCUAGUUACAGUCCUAAAUUCUAAGUUGAUCAAUAACAAAGGUAGAUAAAUAUUAUUCCUCUGAAUUAAUCAACAUAAAUAAUUAAAAAAGUGGAACCUAAAGCAGAGGAAUUACCCAAAUUAUCACAUGUGAUAGAAAUCAUUAACAAUUCUAAUUCUCCUUAAAUUGUUAAAACUCAAAACUCAAACUCUUUUCACUAAAUUCAAAUUCCCAAAAAUUAAUAGGAACUAAACUAAGUAUUUUAAACAAACCUAAUAUUAUAUCAAUAAGACUUUCCGUUUGAAGAAUAAAAUAGUCAAAAAGAUUAGAUGAGUUAAUCCAUAAUUGAAUUUAAUAAAGAUCCUCAAUUUUAAACUGCAACUCAAAUUUAAGAUUUUGAUUUAUGUACUUCUAGAAAGCAAAGGGAAAACACAAACACGGGAUAAAAUCAUUUUAUAAAUGAUUUAAAUUUGAUAGAAAUGAAAGAGAGUCAAUAAAUAUCAAUUUUGAAAGAUUACAAUGAGAAAAAAGAUUUUAAUAAUCAAGAACUUAUAUAAAUUUAGAAUCCUCUUUAAUUGAAUGAAGAAAGCUCUCAAAUUGUAAAGAACCAAUAAAAUGAAAUUUAUAUUAUGGAGCAAGUAAAUAGCAAUUCAUAAUCAUCCAACGGCGAUUGUCCUUAAAUCAUCUAAAUAGCAAAACUACAAUAAGAUUAGAAUAAUUCCCUAAAUCAAGACGAGAAUUGUAAUGGACCUAAUAAAGUAUUAUAAUUAGUUAAGGAUUAACCUGGUGAAGCGUCUGAGAUUUUUGAUAAUGAUUCAAAAAAGCUGGAUAAUUACCAAACUGAUAAUCUAUUAAAGAUAGAAGUACUAAAACUAUUAAAUAGUCAAUAAUUAUUCAAAUACUAAGAGUUGUUAUUGAAAAAGAAGCACAGUAAAUAGGACAACGAAGAGGAAAUAGAUAAACAAUUACAAACAAUUGAAUAAAUUUAAAAUAUAAAAGAGAAAUUAAAUUAUACAAGAGAAUAGGAAUUAAUAUUGUUGAAUUAAGAAGAAUUGAAUUAGAUGAAUGAAUAAUAAUUAGAUAGGUAUAUCCUUAACCUAUAAAACAUAUUAGAAAAUAGUGAUCAGACACAAAAAGAUAAUGAUCCUUCUUAAGGUGAAAUAGAAAUAUGUUUACAAAAUGUAAUAAAAGCUAAGAAAAAAUUAGUUUAGAUUUAAGAGAGGGAGAAUAAUGAAGAGAAUCAUGUGAAUUAGAAAUUCUAAAAUUUUAUACUCUAACCUAAUUAAAAUAAUUUUCUGUCAAAAUAAGAUUUUGAGGAUCUCUCCUACCCUCAAUAAAUCUAGUAUUGUAAUAUAGUGUAGUAGAUGAUAAAUUUAGAAUUGAAAAUUUAAAAGGGAUAUUUGAAUUAAUAAUAUUAACAAUAAUAAAAAGUUGUGAAUGGGUUUAAAAAGGCGUAAGAGAUGGUGCUUACUAGGUCAUUGAUUAAUUUUAAUGGUUUUGAAACAAGUUAAAAGAUCGAAGGUAAGAAACAGAAUAAUGGAUUAACUAUUGUGAAUCCCUUGCGACAGUCUUCAGUAACAGAUGAAAUAGCACCAUUUUUGAUGUAAGAUUUCGAAUCAUAAUAAUAAUUGUUUAAUAGAGUAUCAACCAAAUCUCCUCCGAAUUCAAAGAGUGGAUACACUGAUAAAUAUAAUUUUUAGAAAUGUUUAGAAAAUCUAAAGGAUUUUGAAAUUUGGUCAACUAAUCCAAGAAUCAAGAAAUUCCAAAAAUGGAAAAGAUUUUCUUAGCCAAAUUUUGAAAUUCCAAUAGAAUAUAGAGUGUUAUCUGAUUAUCAAAACAAUAGGAAGAAAAUAGAAAAUCAAUAAUUUGAAUAUGGAGGUUAUACUUAAAAUAACUAAGCACAUGGAUUUGGGAUCAUGAUGAAAAGGCUAAAAGGGGCAAUAUAUGAAGGUAUUUUCGAGAAAGGAAAGUUUAUUUAUGGAAUAGCAUUGGAGUUAAAUAAUGAAAGUCGUUUGUAGAAAUAUAUUGGGUCUUACAAUACUGAUUAUGAUAUUAAACAUGGUUAAUGUAAAAUGACAUGGUAUGAUGAAGUAAGGAAUAGUUAAUUUUAAAUAUAUGAAGAACACUCUGGGUUGAUGAUUUAUGGACUAUUACAUGGGGAAGGAAAGAGAUGGAAUGUGAAAGAAAGAUGGUUAUAUAUUGGAUUUUGGAAGAAAUCGGUGAGAAGUGGAGUGGGGAAGUACUAUGUAAAGAAGGAGAACGAGGAAUUGGAACUGAAGUACUAAGGAGAGUUUUGUAAUGACACCUAUCAUGGAAAGGGACAAUUUUAUCAUAAUGAUCAUAUCUACGAAGAGGGGGAAUACAGGAAUGGGAAGAAGAUUGGACCUCAUUUGUUGUAUAAAGAUAAUGUACUCUAAAAAACUAUUAAUUAUUGA